AUGGACGAGGAUAGUAUAAUUCUACAGGCUAAUAGCCUUCUAAAUGAGCUUCUCUCCACCUAUGACGAAAACUAUCAUCAUGGAACUAUUGUCAGUGGUAUAUAUGACACAGCGUGGAUCUCAAUGGUUCAGAAAAAGCUUCCGGCUUCUGAACCUCCUCAAUGGGCCUACCCCAUCUGCUUUGACUUUCUCUGUCAAAAUCAGGCAGAAGAUGGAGGAUGGGGAAACCCUGUCUCAUUGCUUGACCGUAUUACAUGUACGCUCGUUUCUCUUCUGGCUAUUAAGAAACACCUACGUGUGUCAGAAAAUAUUUCAAUAAAGAAUUGGUUGAAUUUGCAACACCAGGCAGCUCGGGCCAUUGAUUUCAUCCAUUUGAACAUUGAAGAUUGGGAGCUUGAUUCAUUGGAUACUCGACUUCCCAUUGGGUUCGAACUUUGGUUCCCUGUUGUGAUCGAGAAAUUGGAGGAAGAAGGACUUGUGUUCGAAGUUCCGGGCAAAAUUCGAAUUCUCAAAUUGCGCCAAAAAAAGCUCUCCCGGUUCCCUCUGGAGGUUCUUUACAGCCCUGCUGGCCUAAUUCAGCCCUCGCCUCUGUUUACACUUGAAGGAUUUAUUGGGGUCCUCGACUUCAGUAAGAUCUCACAUCAUUUAAGAUACGGAUCUAUGUUUUCUUCCCCGUCAUCUACUGCGGUUUAUUUGAUGGAAUCUCCCGUGUGGGACACUGCAGCUGAGGCUUAUUUGCAGCAUGUUGUGGAACAGAGUAUUGUCAAGGAUGGAAGAUGCGUCCCUCAAAUGUUCCCAACCUCAACUUUUGACAUUGACUGA